AUGGAGUACCUCCCGCAGGACCUAAUACAUGAAAUUGUUUUAAGACUCCCUGUGAAGUGUCUAAUCCGAUUUUCUUUCGUUUCAAAGCUAUGGAAGGCUGUCAUCCACAGCAAAGACUUCAUUCGAAAGCAUCGUCAACGCUUUAAUCUCAACCACUUAAAUGAUUUUGCCCUCAUUCGCCAUCAUGUUGAAUCUGAUCCUCAUGAUCACUUCUAUUCAGUAACCUUUUCUGGUGAUGAUACCACGUUAGAAGAAGAACGAUUGAAGCAUCCAUUAUAUUCCCUUGAAGAAAGUGAUAGACUUGGGCUUCAAUCUGGCAUCGUUGCUUUUUGCAAUGGAUUGAUUUUACUUCAUGUUAGAAGUAAGAAAUAUGAUCUUGGUCUCUUUUUAUGGAACCCCAUGAUUUCAAAGCAUAAAAUUAUACCCACCCCCUUCAAAUGGGCACGAGGACAAUUCUCGAAUCGGAUGUACGGAUUGGGCUAUCAUUCUGCUGAAGAUGACUUGAAGGUGUUGGUUCUUACCGAAGAUCAUGAUAAUAGGUCGCAUUCUCUUUUUGGACAAAUAAAUUUGACGAUGGAUUUAAAAGUCUACAGCGUAGCAUUAAACAGAUGGAAAAGGAUAGAAAAGCUUCCACCCAGUAAUCUUCGAAUUUAUGUAAAUCAUCAAUCGAAUAUGGUGUCAAUGAACGAUUCUCGUGUAGCUUGGCUUAUGAGAGACAAUGAUCAAUUAGAUCUGUACAUGGUUGUGACUUUUGAUCUUGUGAAGGAGGAGUAUCAGUUUUUUCGUGUUCCGAUUCUUAUUCGGGGUCCGGGAGUAGUAAAACUGAUGGCAUUCGGAGGCUUCUUAUGCUUUUUGCGCUGUUAUACAGGUGACUGUAUAAAUGUUUGGUUUACAAAAGAUUGCGAUUCUUGCUGGUCGUUGGAGCCUGUUGUGUUGAAUUGCGAGCCUUUAUUCUUUGAUGGUGAGAGGUUUCUCUUGAACCAUGAUGGCAAUGAUAAACUGAUUUGGUACAAUAUAAAGACACAAAAACAUGAUUAUGGGACUGAAAUUCGUUGGCAUACUCGCAGCAAUCGGUGUACAGAAACAACUCUAUGUGUGGGAGACCUCAGUCUUCUACUUGAUGCUGAUCCUGAUGGUCGUCGUAGCUACUUUGGCCAUUUAUUUUAG